AUGCCUAGCAACACCGCCCACAUCCAGCAGCGUGCCCAGCUCAAGCAGCACGACGACCUCGUCAUUGCUGUCGAUGAGCAAACCGAAUGGCACGAGGGUCAGAACGAGCUUGGACUGCCUUCGACUCCAGGAGUCCGCUCUCGACCUGCACCAGUAAGAGAAUGCGCUGUCAGCACCAUCCCCUCCCUCUUCCAAAGAUCUGACAGACUAAACAAGGUCCAGACUCCACAAGUGAAUUUGGCUGACAUGGCUCGGCACAGAGCGUCGUCAAAGGUCCUCGGACUCCUUGGAGCAGCAGCAAAGGCAACCAAAGCAGUCAAAAAUCGACAUCGAAUACCUCCGGCAACGUUUCGUGAAGCUCAAGACUUCGACGACCGAAACGGCGCCUCGCGGUAUCGCAGUCGAGAAUACGCAGCCACGGUUUCGUCCUGA